AUAAUAAUUCUUAUUAAAUAUCAGAAACCACACUAUUUUCUCCCUGAUAAAUUGCUGAUUGUUGCUACAAGAAAAUAAUGAAAGAGUACACCAAUGGAGUAAAUAAACUGCUAUUUCUAUCAGAGUGGGUGUAAUAACACUUUACUUGUAAACUCUAUUCUUGUAAAAAUGAGUGGCGAGUCUUGUAUGGAGGAUCACUUUGGUCCUCAGGCAUUUGAUAUCAGAACAAGAUAACCACAAUGAUCAUGAUAGUGGUACUACUACAGAACAGCACCGAACAAGUGGGCAUUUAUGUCGACUAGUCUCUGUGCUAAGCGCCUUACACGCGUAUUUCAAUUUAAUCUUUUUACAUGUCCUUUUCUAAAAUGGAGAGAUUAUUCGCAUAGGUCAUCCUGGGAAAAAACUAUUUCACGAGUUAACGGAGUCAUCAAAUUUAAUUCAGUAGUUAGCUUCGCCCCUAAGGAUAAAAGUGUUUACAAAACAUAACCCAAUAGUGACAGAGAUUCAGCCUUUAUCGAGCCCACCCACAAAGACGGUUUAGCAGGAUAAACUACUUCCUAAACACCAGUCGCCCAAGGUCUCUCCCACCGCCGGGUCACGCCCCUGGGCGUCAGCGCAGAACUCUUCCCCGCCCCAGCCAACCAAGCGCUGUGCAAUUUCCGGUAUGCCUCUCGCGGGAGCUAACCUUGUUGGCGAGAUUUUGAAAGUGCAGGCGAUAUGUGUAAUAUCGCGAGAAUUUAAACGGGAUCCGUGAGGACAUUAAGGGUUUUGGCUAACCGGAAAUCGGGCUGUUUUUUCAUUUGGCUGGAAGCUUUUUCAUGUGGAGUGUUGCUGACUCUUUUCUGUAAACUCCCUGCAGGAUAAUGCUGACUCGGUUGAGAGGAAAAUCAGAGGGGAAGCUUGCAAAACAGAUUUGCAAAGUUGUGUUGGAUCAUUUUGAAAAACAGUAUUCCAAAGAACUUGAAGAUUCCUGGAAUACAGUGAGGGAUGUACUGAUAUCUCCAUCAUUGUGGCAAUAUGCUGUCCUCCUCAACCGAUUCAAUUAUCCUUUUGAACUGGAAAUGGAUUUAUAUUUGAAGGGCUAUCACCAACUCUUUCAAGGAUCUUUACCCUACUGUCCUAAAUCACUAAAGUGUUACCUCAGCAGAACUACAGACCGUUUGCCUUCAGAAAGACACCAGUUUGGUAACCUGAAAAAAUACUAUCUCCUGAAUGCUGCUUCUCUUCUCCCAGUACUAGCUCUGGAAUUACGGGAUGGGGAGAAGGCUCUAGAUCUAUGUGCUGCUCCUGGAGGCAAAUCAUUAGCACUGCUACAAUGUGCUUGGCCAGGGUAUCUUCAUUGUAAUGAAUACGAUAGACUGAGGUUGAGAUGGCUGAGGCAGACAUUAGAAUCUUUCAUCCCACAACCUUUGAUAAAUGUAAUUAAAGUGUCUGAAUCAGAUGGCAGAGAAAUAGGAGAUGCUCAGCCUGAAACAUUUGACAAGGUGUUGGUUGAUGCUCCAUGUUCAAAUGAUCGAAGUUGGUUAUUCUCUUCUGAUCCUCAAAAGGCAACCUGUAGGAUACAUCAAAGAAGGAAUUUGCCUGUUCUACAGAUGGAACUCUUAAGGUCUGCAAUUAAAGCCUUACGUCCUGGAGGGGUACUUGUGUACUCGACAUGCACACUUUCCAAGGCAGAAAAUCAAGAUGUGAUCAAUGAAACUUUAAAUUCCUACAGUAACGUCAUGCCUGUGGACAUUAGGGAAAUAGCAAGGACUUGCUCCCAAGACUUCACAUUUGCUCCGACUGGCCAGGAAUGUGGACUUUUGGUGAUCCCAGAUAAAGGCAAAGCCUGGGGCCCAAUGUAUGUAGCCAAAUUAAAAAAAUCAUGGAGUACAGGAAAACGGUGACAUGAAUUUUGUAAACAAUUUUGAUGUAUAAUUAUGUUUAUGUUUCCACGCUCUCCACAUGCAAAUAUUUAAAUGAUGAUAUAACUAUUUUCCUUUGGUCUGUUUGGAAUCCUAUUUAUUUAAUAUUUUAGCAUUUAGAAUCUAGCCUUGAGAAUUUUUCAGGUGUAUUUUCUUUUCCUAGAAAUAUAUCUGUAGGAACAAUUUAAGGUGAUGAAGAUGAUGUUUAGUCUCUAUAAUAAAUCUGCUGUCUUCUACUUGGCAUUUUAUAAUUAAAUUAGAAUACAUGGUUUUAUGCAUAAAAUGAUUAGAACUACAUUCUACCCAUGAUUUUGGUGCUUUGGACCUUUAAAACUGCAUAUUUGGGGCUGGGAAUGUGGCUCAGGCGGUAGCGUGCUCCUCUGGCAUGCAUGCGGCCCGGGUUCGAUCCUCAGCACCACAUACCAACAAAGAUGUUGUGUCCGCCGAGAACUAAAAAAUAAAAUAUUAAAAAUUCUCUCUCUCUCUCUCUCUCUCCUCUCUCACUCUCUCUUAAAAAAAAUGCAUAUUUGCCAGCACUCUUACUGUUUCCUCCUUAUGAAAUGUACAGAUUCUUUUUUUCUCAGAACUGAUUGGUAUUCUGAGACUAACUUCUUAAGCAGUACAAUUUCGAGUUCUGAAAAAAUAGGUUUCUUAUUUGCAAAGUUGUUUUCUGUUAAGGACUAUCUUCUGUUUACUACAAAGGUCAGUGACUCAAUUGACACCAGCUUUAGCCCUCCCUUCCUUUUUUUUUUUUUUUGUAUUCACAAAUACAAAUUGAAAGGGUAAAUUAUGUUGAAAGGCCUUUAGGACAGCAGAUUCACAUGCACACGUUUGACUUUUCGACAUUCAGCUUCUAGAAUAAUGGAGUCUAUCCAGCAGGCUAUAAAGCAAGUACUUGAAACAAAACCAGGAUGAUUAAUAACUGCAAUAACUGAACUAUAUUUGGAGAGUUUUGUUACAUAAUUGCAGUCAUAAUGAGCACUACAGAAUCUGAUUAUCUUACAGUUCCAAUCUGGAGGGGCUUUUUAUUUCACUCUGUUAUAAAAUGUUAUAGGAGAAAAUGAUGUCACAUAUUAAUGCACGAGAGGGAGAUGCCUAAUGAGAGUGGAUUGUACUAUUACCAAAACCCAAUAUCAUUUACUAAGUGGCUCUCUCUGUUUACAUAUAUCCUGGGAAUAUUGUGUAUGUUUCUUUUUGUGUAUUUAAGGUUUUAACUUCAAUUUUUGCAUCAUGUGUUUUCUCCAAAAAUUACUUCAAUGAGUCCAAACAUAUUUUACCAAUUAUUAAGAAAAAUUAUGAAGCAUACUUCUUUUUUUUUAACAGAGAGAGAGAGAGAAUUUUUUUUAAUAUUUAUUUUUUAGUUUUCAACUGACACAACAUCUUUGUAUGGGGUGCUGAGGAUUGAACCUGGGCCGCACACAUGCCAGGUGAGCGCGCUACUGCUUGAGCCACAUCCCCAGCCAAAUGAAGCAUACUUCUAAAGAUAUCUGUCUGGAAAUUAGGUUUUUUUAAAAAAAAAAAAAAGAAAAAACUUUGUGAUUGUAGAAAUAUGAAAUUCUGCUGAAGCGGAAUACUCUUGCAUUGUUCAUUGUAUUCUGUAUAUUUAAACUAGAGACUAUCUGCUCACUACCUACUUUUUAUUUGGAAGCAUAUGUAGGCAGAUUUAAAGAACUGGGAAUUCCUAUGAAGACUUUUUCUGUAUCUUCAUUUUAUUAACACCUUUUAAAAAAUCUAACCAAUAUGUUUAUAAAAUAAAACUAGGUCUCUGAGACCCAAUUAAGUACAUUGAAUCAGUACCAAAGACUAAUGAUAAUGGAAAAGUUUUUGUGCUUCUUUUGUUUUGUAUUAUUUUGUUUGUGCCUUUUUUUUUUUUUUUUUCCUAUUUUAAAUCCUGUCUUAAGAUCCUAUAGAUUUCGGCACUGGGGUUGUAGCUCAGCAGUAGAGCACUGCCUAGCAUAUAUUAGGCCUUGGGUUUGAUCCUCAGCACCACAGAAAAAUAAAUAAAUAAAAGUAUUGUGUCCAACUACACCUAAAAAAUUUUAAAUACAAAAAAAAUGAUCUUAUGGGUUUAAAAAGUGCAUUUCUUUUGUAUAGUUUAAUUACAAAGUAAAUUUUCACAGUAUACUUUGUUGAAUAUCGUUAUUUUUCUAGAAUAAUGCUAUGAAAGUUAAUUUGAAUAUUUUAUGUAACAUUGGAUUAGACUCUCCCAUGAUUACUUUAAAAUGCAUCUGUAUAUUUAUACACUACAUAAAUAUAUUGCUUUAUUUAUAAUAAUUAUAAUGAAGCAGCAUUUAUUAAGCAUUGGUUGAUUAAAUUCUUUAUAUAUAUUGUCUUUUUUGGUCUUCAAAACUCCAAUAGUGAGUAUUUUGUCCCCACUUUUGUAAAUGAGAAAACUAAAGCUCAGUGCUGUUUGUAUUUUGCCAAAGUUAUGCUGGUAAGAAAAGAGUAGAACCAAGGCUGGGUGUGGUGCAAGUUUGGGAGGCUGAGGCAAUAGGAACAUGAGUUCAAAACCAGACUCAUGAAUUCAGCGAGACCCUGUCUCAAAAUAAAAUAUAAAAAAUGGUU